UUGUGUUUAAUUUGCAAUUGUGUUCUGUUACAGGUUGUUCAAGCGACCUGCUGACUUUAAUUAGACUGCUAUUUUUCCUAAUUACAGAUUCGCCUUGGAUGUGUGACAAAGGGAUGGGGGAAUAGGAAUAACCAUACAGCAGGCCUCUCCGCCGUGCGCAUGCGCUGUCAUCAGUCCUUUUUGCCAUAGAAAGCUGCUCCAGCGGAGGAGGAGAGAGGAACUCCGGCGGAGGACCAGGGAGGAGAGAGCGUGGUGGUGAGGAACCCCGGCAGCCCCUCUCCCCCCACCCCCGACCCUGGAGAGCGAGAGUUGGACCCGGCCGGACCCCCACCCCGGUCCCCGGAGGAGAGGACCCGAGAGAGAACCACGUUGCCACGGGAGAGGCCUCCGCUCAGGGCUGCAGUAUGUUUGCGUCGGUGAAGGCCUUCGAGGGGCAGCAGUACUCCACCCUGAAGAGGCAGUGCCUGCAAAGCGGCCUGCUCUUCGAGGACCCCCGUUUUACUGCAUUCGAUGACUCGCUCUUUCACCAGGGCAACAGAAUCGGACGUGUGGUGUGGAAGAGGCCGCGGGAGCUGUGCGAGGACCCUCAUCUGUUCGUAGACGGCAUCAGCGCGCACGACUUGCACCAGGGGCAGCUGGGUAAUUGCUGGUUUGUGGCGGCGUGCUCCAGCCUGGCCUCCAGAGAGUCUCUGUGGCAAAAAGUCAUUCCCGACUGGAAAGAGCAGGAGUGGGACACGGAGAAGCCCGACUCGUACGCCGGCAUCUUCCACUUCCGCUUCUGGCGCUUUGGCGAGUGGGUGGACGUGGUGAUCGACGACCGGCUACCGACGGUGGACAACCAGCUGGUCUACUGCCACUCCAACGACAGCAACGAGUUCUGGAGCGCUCUGGUGGAGAAGGCCUACGCCAAGGUGUAUGGCUGCUACGAGGCCUUGGAUGGUGGAAACACGGCCGAUGCCCUGGUGGACUUCACAGGCGGUGUUUCGGAGCCCGUCGACCUGCUGGAGGGUCAGAUGGCAACCGACGAGGUGGCGCGCAACCAGCUGUUUGAACGAGUCCUCAAAGUCCACAACCGAGAUGGCCUUAUCAGCUGCUCCAUAAGGGCAACCACCAUAGAGGACAUGGAGGCGCGGCUGGACUGCGGCCUGGUCAAAGGCCACGCCUACGCCGUGACCGACGUCCGCAAAGUGCGGCUGGGCCACGGGCUGCUGGCCUUUUUCAAGUCGGAAAAGCUGCACAUGAUCCGCAUGAGGAACCCCUGGGGGGAGAAGGAGUGGAGCGGCCCGUGGAGCGACAGUUCAGAGGAGUGGAACAAGGUGAGCAAGAGCGAGAGGGAAAAGCUCGGCGUCACCGUGCAGGACGACGGCGAGUUCUGGAUGACCUUUGACGACUUCUGCCAGUACUUCACCGACCUGAUCCUGUGCCGCCUCAUCAACACCUCCUACCUGAGCAUCCACAAGACCUGGGAGGAGGAGGUGAUGAGGGGCUCCUGGGUGCACCGGCAGGACCCCCUGCGCAACCGAUCGGGAGGCUGCAUCAACCACAAGGCCACGUUCCUGCAGAACCCUCAGUACGUGUUUGAUGUGAAGAAGGUGGAGGACGAGGUGCUGAUCUGCUUGCAGCAGAAAGAGAAGAGAGCCACGCCCAAAGAGGGCAAAGGGGAAAACCUUGCCAUAGGCUUCGAUAUUCACCGGGUGGAGCUCAACAGGAAGUACCGUAUGCACUCGGCCCAGCAGAAGGUGGCGGGCUCCAUCUACAUCAACUCGCGCUGCGUCUUCCUCAGGAAGGAGCUGAAGGAGGGUCGCUACGUCAUCAUCCCCACCACCUUUGACCCCGGGCAGCAGGGCGACUUCCUGCUCCGCGUCUUCACUGAUGUGCCUUCAGACUGCAAAGAGCUGACCCUGGACGAGCCUCCUCAGACGUGCUGGACGGGGAUGUGCGGCUACCCCCAGCUGGUCACUCAGGUCCACGUUCUGAGCGCCGAGGGUCUGCAGGGACAGGAGUCCAACGGAGCGUCUGUUUCCGCAGCCGUCGACCCCUACGUGAUCAUCACCUGCGAGGGAGAGAGGGUUCGCUCGCCCGUCCACAAGGACACGCGCUCGCCCAACUUUGACAUCAAGGGUCUGUUCUACCGCAAGAAGCCCAAAGAAUGCGUCCACAUCGAGAUCUACAACAAGAACAUGAUCGUGGACACCUUCCUGGGCCAGGUGGUCAUGUUCAGCGACCCAAACGAGCGGCAGGAGCAGCACACGCUCCACCUGCGCGACAAAGGCAACCGCCAGGACAACGACCUCCCGGGCACGCUCACUGUGCGCCUCAUCACCUCCACCACGCUCACCAACAUCUGACCGCCAUUCCUCUACAUGGACUUUUUAAUGGCCUUUUACGUCAAUCUCUUCACUCCGUGUCGCUGCUGCAGGUCUUAUUCUUAUUAUUAUUAUUAUUAUUAUGAAGUAUAAUUCAAGUUGCCUACAGCAACUCGAAAAAAAAAAGAGUGGCCAAAACGGAACAGCUUUCUUUUUUUUAGGGUGCGUUCACACUUGUCAGGUUUGGUUCGGUUAAAAGCGAUCUCUGGUGCGUUUGUUCUGCUCGUGUGGUCAAAUGUGAUCGUGAUUGUGCACCAAACAUGCGGACCGAGACCAAUAUCUCGCUCGCAAGUGAACUCUGGUGCGGUUCUGUUCUCUUGUUAGUAAUAUCAAGACGCUGUUAUUGUAAAACUACCACUUUUUUUCAAAAUGACGACUUCAUUUUGUAGUAUCAAUCAAUCAAUCAAUCAAUCAACGUGUAUUUAUAUAGCCCUUAAUCACAAGUGUUUCAAAGGGCUGCACAAGCCACAACGACAUCCUUCGGCUCAGAUCCCACAUCAGGGCAAGAAAAAACUCAACCCAAUGGGAUAACAAUGAGAAACCUCGGAGGGGACCGCAGAUGUGGGGACCCCCACAUCUGCGGAUCUAGUUAAUGGUGUGAGUGUCCAGUACAUAGUGGCCCCAGCUGAUGCACAGAUGAGUGGUCCACCCCGAACAGCUAGCGCGUCAUCUGUGGUCACCUUAUAAUGUCUCCACGCAGGAGAGGGGGGGCAGAGCAGAAAAGAGGCGGCAGAUCAACUGGUCUAAAAGAGGGUAUAUUUAAAGGCUAGAGUAUAAAAAUAAGUUUUAAUAUUCAUAAUUAAAAAAAAAUGUAAUUUUUAGUCUCGCUAAAAUUUUGUUUUUUUUUACGUGAUAUUAAAAUCUUAUUCUCAUAAAAACUACACUUGCUUAAAUUACAAUUUAAUUUUUUAAAUAUAAAUUUCAACUCUUUUAUCCUAAAAUGGUGACAUUAUUGUCGUAUAAUUACAAGGUUGUCAACGCACUUUCAACUUUUUUCACGUUAUAUUAAAACGCCAUUCUCGGAAAAUUCUACCUUUCUUUGCGAGAUUUGAAGAUAAUAAUAAUAAUAAUAAUAAUACCUGGGAUUUAUAUAGCGCUUUUCUAAAUACCCAAAGUCGCUUUACAUGUGUGUGUGGGGGUGGGGGGGCUGGGGGAGGAGGGACGAUAAAAACAAUUUUAUUAGAAAAAUAAAAUAAAAAAAUAAAUAAGAGACACCUUGGGCAGGGUCAGUUUGGAAAGGCUAAUGUGAAGAUGCGAGUCUCUUAAACUAAAACUUGUGAAAAUGACGAAAUUAAAUGACAAAUUACGGAUUUUUUCCCCCAUUUAUCACGGGGUUCUUCUUACAAAAUUCUUACCGGUGCCUCGUAGAAUUCCAAAUUUGUUCUCAUGAUGUUAACGUGAUAUUUGUGCAACAUUUUUUAUCCUUAUUAUAGUCGUAAAAUGACACCUUUUCUCGAGAAAUCUAUACUUAAAAAAAAUACUUAUUUCCUGCUAAAUUACCACAAAAAAAAAAAUUCUCGUAACAAUACAAGAUUAUAAUUUUCUCACGAGAAAAAUCACUUACUUUGCAUGAUUUUUAAAUGCUAUUCUCGUAAAACUACAACUUCUCAAAGUUAUGACUUAUUUUGUUUAUAAUUACACAAUAUAUUUUAUAAUUAUGAUUAUUAGGGCUGUGAAUCUUUGGGCACCACAUGAUUCGAUUCGAUUCUUGGUUGUAAUAAUCUGAUUCAGAAUUGAUUCUCGAUUUAAAAUGAUUCUUAAGUCAAAAUUAAUACUUUUUUAAUAACAUUGAGUGCCAGUUCUCUGAUUAACAGCUCUGAUAAAGUUCUAUAUUACUUAAAAGAAAACUGGUCCUGUUUGAUAAGAUUCUACCUAAACAUUUACUUUUGGAAGAAGAAAAAAAUUAUUUGUAUUUUUUUGUAAUCCAUUUUUGAAUGCAGCUGAGAUAGGCUCCACCCACGACCCCGAAAGGGACAAGCGGUAGAAAAUGGAUGGAUUUUUUUUAAUUUUUUUUAUUGUUACACAUAGGAAUUGCAAUUAAUAUGAAAAUCGAUUUUUUUUGACACCCCUAAAAAGUAUAUUGCUUAAGACUUAGACUGAGACAAACUUUAAUGAUCCACAAGGGAAAUUGUUCCAAACAGCAUCUCAGUUACAAAGGAUGGAAAGGAUAAGGAUGGAAAGGAUAAUGCACACAAGGGCACAAAAAGAGGGCAAAAACAAAAGGUAUAAAGUAGACUAAAAAUGUACCAUAGUAGCAAUAUAAAAUAAAACAUAUAUGUAACAUUUACAUAUUAUAUAUACAGUAUAUAAUAUAUACUGAUAUAUUAUUAUAUGAUAUUAUAUUAUUAUAUAAUAUACACAAUAUAACAAAUCCCAAUUACCAUGUAUAAUUCCAUGUAUAAUAUGUUUAUAUAAUAAAUACAAUAUAAAACAAAUCCCAAUUAUGAUGUACAAUACUAUAGUAUAUGUAACAGCUGCAGCAUAAAAUAGAGAGUAGAUCCAGCAGAAAAUAUACAUUAUAAACAAAGAGAGAUAGCUAACAUAGAAGCGGUCAGGUAAUGGACAGAUAUCAUCUAUUCCUGUAUGGCGAGUGAUUAUACAGCUGAUUAUUGCAACUGUUCAACUUUCUAAUAAUAAAUAAAUACAAUUAUGACAUUAUUUUCGUAAAAUUGCAAUCUUAUUAGUUUCAGACUUUUUUUCCCCUCAUUGUAAUAUGACUUUGUUUCCUGCAAAAUUACUUUUUUCCCAUUAUGUCAACACGCUACUUUCACAAAAUUCCAACAUUUAAAAAAAAAAAAAAAAAAAAUUCCAAUUCCCUCUGUGUAAUUCAAAAAUCGCCCGGACAAGGGUGGAGUGCCAUCUCCGGGUUGGGGAGGAGAUCUUGCCCCAAGUGGAGGAGUUCAAGUACCUCGGAGUCUUGUUCACGAGUGAGGGAAGAGUGGAUCGUGAGAUCGACAGGCGGAUCGGUGCGGCGUCUUCAGUAAUGCGGACGCUGUAUCGAUCCGUUGUGGUGAAGAAGGAGCUGAGCCGGAAGGCAAAGCUCUCAAUUUACCGGUCGAUCUACGUUCCCAUCCUCACCUAUGGUCAUGAGCUUUGGUUUAUGACCGAAAGGACAAGAUCACGGGUACAAGCGGCCGAAAUGAGUUUCCUCCGCCGGG